AUGAGGGACGAGGAAAUGGAGAAGUCCAGACAAACCAACAGCCAGACAACACCAACAGCCAGGACAACACCAACAUCCAGACAAACAACAGCCAGACAACCACAGCCAGACAAACCAACCGACAGGACAGACCAACAGCAGACCAAACCAACAUCCCGACCAAAACCAAAGCCAGACAAACCUAACAGCAGACCGCCCAACACCCAGGACAAACAACAUCCAGGACAACCAACACCCAGGACAAACAACUAUCAGGGACAACCCAACAGACGACAACACAGCCAGACAAACCAACAUUCAGACAAACCACCCCCCAGACCAAACCAACAGCCGAAACCAACACCAGAGACAACCAACAGCCAGGACAAACCAACAUCCAGACAAACCAACACCAGCACCAAUAACCAACAUCCAGACAAACCAACACCAGAAAACCAAACAGCAGACAACCAACAGCCCCGAAAAACCCAACACCCGGGAAAAACCCAACACCCGGGAAAAACCAAACCCAGACAAACCAACACCCAGCCCAAACCCCCCAUCCAGCCCAAACCAAAACCCAAAAAAACCCAAAAGCCAGAAAAACCCAAAACUCCCCCCCAAAACCAAAAAAUCCAGAAAAAACCAACACCCGGACAAACCAACAUCCGAAAACCAACGGGAAAGAAAAACCAACGGGCCGGGAAAACCAACUUUCCCGAAAAACCAAAACCCAGACAAACCAACACCCAGACCCCCAAAAACACCCGGGGAAAAACCCAAAAAGAAGCCCAAACCCAAACACCCAAAAAACCCAACCGGCCACCCCCGUCCAUGAAUAGAACACAAGUCUACGGGGUUGCGCGCCACGCUUCAAAGACAGCUCCCAAAGGUUACCCUCAAGUUCCCAUAAUUGAUUAUACCACAGCGGACGCACUUUCAAGGCAUUAUACGGCACUGUACGCAUGGACCCCGCCUUCCCAUGAUGAAACACAUUAA